GCCAAUUGGAUGAAGCUCCUUAUUUGCACAUUUAUGUUACCUUUCAGUCUAAUCCAUGCCUAGGCCACGUUUCCUUCCGUGGGUUUAAUAAACUUUUGCCUUAAUUGAAUUCUUCUGUGACUCGUGUUGGUAGUGGAAAUGUCAUCCAUGAACCUGUGUUUUGCUUUCUCUUCUGUUAUGUUUGACAAGUCUGACAUUGGGAAACAAUCCUAGCAAUAUCCCUUUUCAAACUAGGCCCAGUUGAUGCUCAAUCCUUAUAAUGAUCUUAUCCCAUCCGAAUGGCCUGUUGCUGCUAUGUAAUGCUAUUUGCAAAUCAGCUCUUCACUUAAGGAUGACUUAGGAAAGAAAAGUUCUCUGACGAGAUGGUACUAUUAUAGGGGAAACUCAGGAUAAUCUGCAUGUUCUGCAGCUAAUAAAUAUGUAUGUAAGAUGCUACAGUUUUGCAGGAUGGGUAGCCUCUCCAGCAAAUCAAAGCCCAUAAGUAGGAUGAUAGCCAUAAAAGUUAAGGUUUACACCACUUCGCUAAGUGCAUCAAUAGCCUUUUUUCUAUCAAUUUUAACUUUGUGCUUAAUCUUAACAAUCAAUUAGUGACACUUUUCCAUGCAAUGUACUUGGACCUCAAUGUGGAAUUUCUGCUCAAAAGUUGAAUUCUUUGUUUUUGCUCAUUUAGUUUCUUAUUACCAGGCAAUCCAGUGAUCAAAUGUACUUGGACCAUAUGUUGAGUUCCUUCUCAUAAGUUGAAUACCUCUGUUUUGGUUCAUUUUUCUUCUUUUGAAACUAAGCAAUUGGAUGAUCAUCUUGGUCAAGUGCACCAUAAUUCCUGUAUGAUGAAUCAUGUGUCAUGCCAAACAUCAUACAGAUUCUUGGAAGAUGUAACAUAGGAGGUUUUAGGGCUGAGCAAUGGGCGGUUGAAACUGGCCAACUGAUCGAGGUCGACAAUUUUUGGUCAGAAACCGGUCAGUUGAUUGGCUCUGGUUGAGGAGCCAGUUGAGGGCAUCGGCUUUUAUGGUUUAUCGGCUUGGUCGUCAAUUGGGAACCCUUCUGCCUGACACUGACCAAAUAACCGACCACCAUUUUUCUUUUCCUUUUUUUUUUAAAUUUUUGGAGUUGGGUAAUUCUGUAAUAUAAUUGUGAUUGAUCUUGUUGAAGUUUUCUGUUAACUAACCUUCAUUGUUUUGUUCAAAUAAAGGGGCUGUGACUGACAUCAGUUUGUUCAAUAACCUUCAUCUUGUUGAAGAUAGUCAAGGACUGUCACUGACAUGGGUUGAGCUUGUAUAGGUUCUUUUUUUGUUCAAAUUUGCAAAGGGUGUUUUUCUUUUAAUCUAAGGCAUGAUAAAAAUGAGUCUACUGGUUAACAGACUCUGUUUACAAACGCAAUAACAGGGACGAACGGAGGAGAAAAAAAAGCAAGCCAACUUUUUCAUCUAUUACAUGCAUUGCAUUACAUCCUUUAUAUCGGCAUGGAAACAUAUUAAUUAACAUCAAAACCGUUGUCUGGCCUUUGCUCGAAAAUCAUGGUUGACUAAGAGAAAAUUCAAUGAUCGGGAGGCAUGGUUUGGACAGGUCAAGUCAAUGCAGGUUGUUGGCCUCCACCAUUCCCAAACCCAAAGCCAAAGCCCAAAACCCAUAAUUGAUUGCAUAACCAACCGACCAUGGUUGGUCAUGGUCUGGUUGGUUCCCCACCAAAUUCAGUCGGGGGUGGUCAGUUCCGCCACCAUGGUCAGUUUGGUCGGUUAUGGUCUCCUCCAUGAUCGAAACUGACUGAUUGAAUCGUUGCUCAGCCCUAAGAGGUAUCAUCAUCCUUUUUUUUUUGACUUAUUUGAAAGAUUGAGAUACUGUCUCAGCUAAAUGCCUUUCAUACAUGCAAUUGGUGAUGAGCAUCAUUAUUAGUGCUGAAAUUUCUAAUUAAAUGCCUAUAAAAGUUUUUCAACACAUGAAAACUUUGAACUUGAUGUAAUGUAGUAGGGCUGGCCAUUCCUCAAUAGCUUUAACUUUUUCCUCUUCAACUUUAAGACUUUUAGAGUUAAUAUUAAGGCUCCAAUGUGCAACACAUUAUGUUGUUAAUAGAAAAUUUUUUAAAGUUGUUAUAGAGCUUUUCUUAGCACAUAACUCUAGUAACUUGUAGAUUGGAAUCUGUUCCUCCUUACUAGCAUUCUAUUGAGAUGUCUAAUAAUGAAGAAAUAACCAGCAAGAGGCUGAAAUGCUUGAUGAUGGAGCAUCCUUUUAGCAGCCUUCAAAAGUGUUUAAAAUGUGAGCUAAGGUUUAGCCCUGAUCCAGAAACUUCUAUGGGCCUAGUGCAGCAUGAAGGUGGGCCCUGUGGUGUCUUAGCAACCAUACAAGCAUUUGUGCUCAAACAUCUUCUUUUCUUUCCGGAUGAAUUAGUUAAAGUUACACCGAACAUACCACAGAAUUUGAGUUCCAGGAGAUCAUCCAAAAAUCAAUAUGUUGCGUUAAAUAAUUUUGCUGCUUUUACUGAAGAUGCAAAAGCAAGAGCCCUGGUUAAAAGUAUGGGUGAGAUAUUGUUUUUAUGUGGAAAUAAUAAAAGAGCUGUAAUUGCAACUUUGAAUGCUAUUGGCUAUGGCAUUGAAGGAUCUGAAGACAGUCCAAAGGAUGUGACCAUUGUGCAAGCACUUGAAGGUCUUUCAAUUGAAACAUCUUCUGAUUUGCAGAAAGUUUUAAGAGUUGACACAUACACAACACCUGCAAGUGCCUUUAAGAGGCUCGAAGCAAUGAUUCCUGUUUUUCAAAGUCGCAUGGGAGCAUUGCUAUUCCUUAUCUCUGCAUUACUUUCUCGAGGAUUGGACUGGGUUCAAGCUGACCGGGAUGAUCCCAGCCUUCCUCUAGUAACUGCACCGUUUGGGCAUGCUUCUCAGGAAAUUGUGAACCUAUUGCUCUGUGGGCAAGCUGUUCCAAAUGUUUUUGAUGGAAGGAUGGAUUUAGGUGGCGGCAUGUUUUUGAAGGGUAUAUCUACAAAUGUGGAAGUUGGAUUCCUCACUCUUCUAGAAUCCCUUAAUUUCUGUAAGGUUGGCCAAAAUCUAAAAUGCCCAAAAUGGCCAAUAUGGGUUGUUGGGAGUGAGUCCCAUUAUACGGUGCUAUUUGCUUUGGAUACAGCUGUUCAAGAUGAGAAUGAACUGGAAGAAAGGGAAUCACAGAUCCGGAAAGCUUUUGAUGCCCAAGAUCAGAGUGGCGGUGGUGGCUUCAUUAGUGUGGAAGGUUUCCAUCAGGUCCUCAGGGAGACGAAUAUCAGACUUCCAUCUGAGAAACUUGAUAGCCUUUGCAGCUCGGGCUUCAUUGUGUGGAGUGAGUUCUGGCAGGUUAUUUUGGACUUAGACAAGAGCUUGGGGGGUUUAAAGGAUUCAACUGGUCAGAUGGGUAGAAAGGUGUUUGAUCUUUACCAUUUUAAUGGGAUUGCAAAAUCAGAUUUGAAUGGCAGCCAAGCCACAUCUGGAGGUGAGACUCCAAUACAAAGACCCAGGCUUACAAAGUUGAGGGUUUCAGUACCCCCAAGGUGGACACCAGAGGAAUUCAUGGCGGAUGUAGCAGUUCCAUCUGGUGCUGCGGGGAGUGAAUCAAGUGGGAAAGACACUGAAGUGGCUAAACCUGAACCUCCUCAGCAUGCACCAUUGGUGGAUUGCAUUAGAACGCGCUGGCCUCGUGCCGUUUGUAAUUGGGCGGGGGAUCCCCCUAGUAUAGUCUGAAUGUAUAUGAAUCAUGUCAGAGAUCCCUUUGGGGCCCUUGCUGGUGGGACUUGCGGAACAUGGUGCUCGUAAUUGGAAAGCAAAAUUUAAAAAAAAAAGAAAGAGAAAAGAAAAAAAAGAAAGAAAAGCCGCUAGCGGUAAACCUAGUUGAUUGGAUUGCGCACAACUUUGGGCAAAUGAGAGAAGAGGUUAUUUUUUCUGGUUUUGUCUGUUCAGCUUAUGUGCAUCUCCAUUUCUGUUGUGUAUUUGCUUUAGCAUUGACAUUCUAAUUCAAUUUUCAUAUGUUAAAUGCUGAAGGAAAAGGAUUAUAUAAAGUCUAUUUUGUCAAUGAAAUCUGCAUUCAUUCAUA